CUGCGUGCGUACGUACGUACGGGUGUAUACACGGACACCCUUCUGAAAUGCCCGUUGGGUCACUGCACCAUGGUCCCAUAGCGCCGCGCGGCCCACCGGCCAGUCUCUGCUACGGAGCGGCCUCCUCUCCUUCCCUUCCUUCUUUUAGUCUCGCCUGAACGCGGGGAGUGGGUCGAGACUCGAGACAGAGCAUUCCGUCCGCGCUGCUGCGGGAGGGAGGAGAGGGGCGGAGGCCGCGGCGGCGCCGGAGGGAGGCGGCGGCCGAGCAAGGUGACGAGCGGAAGGUACGGCCUUCGAGAGGCGCCGGAGCAGGCGGCGGCGGGAUCGAGGCGCCGGCGGGAGGAGCAAGGUGACGAGCGAGCGGAAGGUACGGCCUUUGAGAAGCGGCGGCGGGAUCAAGGCGCCGGAGCGAGGCGGCUGCUGAGCAAGGUAACGAGCCAAAGGCUGAAUCGUUGAAGAAGAUCGGGACCGGCCGGCCAACUCGCCAUCCACCGAGCCGGAUUUUGCCCCCAAAGCAAAACUUGAACAAGAUUGGGACCGGCCGGCCAACUCGCCAUCUACCGAGCCGGAUUUUGCCCCCAAAAGCAAAAGCUUGAACAAGAUCGGGACCGGCCUACAGGGAAAGACGCACAAUGCCCCGUUUUGUUCCCCCGGUGGACUCACUGUACCAUCGGUACGCUCAAGCCCAGCGACGGUUCACGUGGGAGAGAGUCCGAACAAGGGCUGGCAUAAAGGUUCUACCAGAGGAACGGGAUCAGGAAGGGCUCCCCACUUGUAUCUAUGAGGCUAUGAUGGCAUGGAUGCAAUCGCACCUGAGACUUCAAGGAAUAACAGUCCGUUUGUCAUCUCGUGAUCUUCAAGUCAAAGAGCAAGCGUUGAUGGGUGGGGAGCUUGACAGGACGGUACGCUGUAUGACAGUGGUCACCAAAGUGGGUAUUCUUAGUGCGGAUGACUUUCAAAAUCAGAACCUUGCUGGCGUCAAAUAUGUGGUGGAGGGGGUCGUGUCAUUCUUCUCGCUGAACAAGCAGGCGAUCGAGUGUGCAGUCGAAGCAAUGCACAGGGGUCCACUGUUGCUUGUUUUCCACUGUGGCGAGAAUUACCACGAGUACGUGGGCAAAUACAAGGGCAAGCCAAUCCUCAGCUACGAGAAGUAUGUUCACGAGAAGAUGCUUACACAUGCUGUCAACUCCAUCGGCUAUGGUGUGGAGGGGUUCGUGCCAAACUGGGAAUUCAUGAACUCGUACGGCAGGAAGAUUGGACCGAGAGGCAGGCUGCUGCCGCAGAAUGCCAUACGCCUGUAUGGGAUGGGCAGGGUUCGCCCCGUGGUGCAUGCGGUUCCGGUGCAGGUUGCCGUCGUGGAUUCAAGGAAGAGAAAGAGGGAGAUCACAGAGGAAGUUGAUGACGACGAGGAUGAUGAUGAUGAUGCUCGCGAGCCUCCGUUGAAGAAGCCGAUGCUGGAGAAGAUUGAUUGGAUGGACAUAGAUUAGUUCAUCCGGACUGUGGCGCGUGUCUUGGACUUGAGCAGAGACCUUCCAGCAUAAUUUCUUUUGAAUGCGGAACUUUUGUCAUACCGUAGGAAAUAUUCGACAAAACAUGUGAGAGAUUUCCUGUUCAUCAUUUCAGUAUACCUUACUCGAUUGCAGGACUUGGAAA